GCUCCUCCAGUGAGGCAGGCAGCGGCUCGGCUCUCAGACUGAAGCAGACAAAGGCGAGGGGAGAGACGGCGUGCCGCUAUCCUGCAGCAUCGACUCACACAUUCACACACACUCUUUCCCCCCCACACACUCCCUUCACUCCGCAAGCAGCGACGCAGACUCUCCGGAGCUGGUCACCACCACCACACAUCUGUCACAACCAUCUCAACUUUCAGUCAUCAUGGAGCUAGACUUUGGACAUUUUGACGAGCGAGACAAGGCAUCCCGUACCCCGCGGGGCGGGCGCCUGAAUGGACUCCCCAGCCCUACCCACAGCGCCCACUGCAGCUUCUACCGCACGCGCACUCUGCAGGCCCUCACCAAUGAGAAGAAAGCCAAAAAGGUGCGCUUCUACCGCAACGGAGACCGCUACUUCAAGGGCAUCGUGUACGCUGUGGCCAAUGACCGAUUUCGCACCUUUGACUCGCUGCUGGCUGACCUCACACGCUCGCUGUCUGACCACAUCAACUUGCCACAAGGUGUCCGCUUCAUCUUCACUAUUGAUGGCGCACGCAAGAUCGGCUCAAUGGAUGAACUAGAGGAGGGGGAAAGCUAUGUUUGUGCAUCAGAGAACUUCUACAAGAAGGUCGACUACACAAAGAACGUGAACCCCAACUGGUCCGUGAAUGUAAAGGCCUCAGCGAGCCAGAAGAACAUGCAGUCCUUGGCCGCCAAGGCUACCGGUGACGCCAGAGAGGGCAAGGACUUUAUUCGACCCAAGCUAGUGACGGUGAUGCGCAGCGGCGUGAAGCCACGCAAGGCUGUGCGCGUCCUGCUCAAUAAGAAAACGGCACACUCCUUCGAGCAGGUGCUCACCGACAUCACAGAGGCCAUUAAACUUGAAAGUGGUGUGGUCAAGAGGAUCUACACACUUGACGGCAAGCAGGUUACCUGCCUUCAAGAUUUCUUUGGUGAUGAUGAUGUGUUCAUCGCAUGUGGACCAGAGAAAUUCCGUUACGCCCAGGAUGACUUCUCUCUGGAUGAGAAUGAAUGCAGGGUGAUGAAGUCCAAAGGCCAACGUGGUUCAGUGAAGAGUCCUGGUCCGAUCAGGCGCAUCAAGUCUCCUGCUGAAUCGACCAACGGGACGGGCUCCAGCAGCCAGCUCUCCACCCCGAUUUCCAAGCAUUCCCCCACCUCCACCCCCAACAGUCCAGGCAUCAACAACAAGCAGAAGGAACUCUACUUGCCCUUAUCUCUGGAUGACGACGACUCUCUGGGCGAAUCGAUGUAGACUCCCCUCCUGCAGCCUGCCUCCUUUUUGGCCUGAAAACACAGAAGUUUUUAUACCUCUGCUGCUUUCCACCUUCACUCACAGUGCCACCUGUUGUCUAGGAGAACCACUCUUUGUCUCUUUUUAAGGCCUUAGCCACCAGGGCUAUGACACCAUUUGCUGCUUGAGAAUAACACAAACCAUUUUUUUCCCCUUCUUGUUUCGUCGUAACAAUCAGCUCACUAAUCUUCAGGCUUACGUUUCUGUAUGGAGGUUUAUAGCCACUACUUCUCAAAAGGGCACACAGUUCACUGACCAGCAGAUUUCACGGUGUAAAGAUUUCACUUUUGUCUCAGACAUUUGCAGAUGCACUCUCACUUUAAUAUUUGGGUCACAGAAUUCCAAGCAGCAAAUGGAUAUUUUUAGGGGUGUUAGUCAGAGCUGACUCAACUUUUGUAUCACUUGUAUUCGUGACGUUCCUCCAUGUCCUCCUGUCCUACGGUUAAAGGUGUGAAAGGUAAUGGCUCCUUGUCAGAGGAAAUCUGCUCAGCCAGAUGAAGUCUGUUUAACCCGCUGUAAAUACUGUGUAUAGCUAUCCAUCGUAACAUCUCUGCCCAAUGUCCAUCGCUGUGCUUCCAUAACGUCACUACAAUGUCCGUCUAACGUUUGCUCAACAUGAUACAGGGUAUGGUCAAAGUAAAAGAAGAGCCAAACUCAAGUCUCACCACUGAGGGUGAAGAUGUGUGGGAUGCAGCUCCUGACUGAAGAGGAUUAUAAGAAGCCAACGCCUCCUCAAUUCACGUUCCCAACUGAAUAUAUAAAGCAGAUUAUAAAACCAUCCAUAAAAUGACACUUUAAAUCACCAUGACAAUGGAGGUUUAAGAAUUCUUAUGUUGGCAAUAAUUGGCGUUCAUCUUGUCUAAUCAGGGACAAGGAAACAUGUAAGAAAAAGCAUCCCACUUAGCCCUCAGUGAAGUCUUUGUGUUGGUGUUUCCUCUAUUUUGACCCUCUUGAUAGACAGUAGGCUAUACAUGGUAUAUACCCUCUGUGUUUUAGAUUAUCACAAACUGCAGUGCAUGAUAUUGAUGAAUGAAUAUGAAACUUUGGGCAUGUAAAAAGCUGAUUUGAAGGACCUAAUGGUGCAUAAAAAAACAACCAAAGGAAAAAAUAUUAGGCCUUUUUUUUUUUUUUUAACAGAAAAGCCAACUCAUUCCGUCUACAGUUUCUAUUGACCAAGUCUAAGUAAUGCCCACCACAACUCGUGGUGACGUUUUAUAGUACAAUGUGUGAAAUUCAAAGAUAAAUAAAUAAAGGUGUCAAAGCCAAAGUAUGAUUUUUAGAUCCAGAAUUAUAGAAAAAGGGAAAAUAUGUAAUUUUAUUAGUUGUAAAAUUCUUUAAAUAUUCCGGAGGAAGCACACCUGGAGAUUUAUGCAUGUUACUUUUAAUGCAUCAAAAAUAACGUCAAGAUAAAAUCAUCUGAGGCAAUUAGAGUUUUAUCAGGGCACUAAACCGUAGUGGGAUUUCUCCUAUUUUGCAUGGCUCAGCAUAGUUCUCAGAUACAGGGGAGAUGAAAACGUAACUGUCGUCUAAAUCUAUGUGUGGGUUUUAAAUUUUUAUAAAGUUUUAUUAAUUUAUAUCAAGGGUACUUGUCUAGGAUUUCUUUUCUAGUCGCUCACGUGAGCUCUUAACACUAGUACUUUUUUCAAGCCUCUGUGUGCAACUUUCUACGGCCAUGUUUCUUUUUUCUAUCGACUUGCAUCGCGCGUCUUACAAAUCCACUGAAUAAGAGUUUUCUCAGAUUUUUUGCAGGGAAUCGAGCCUGAGAAUCACUAAAAUUGGACGAAGCACAAAGCAGGGAUCUACUUAUUUAUCUCAGCAACAAACACUUUACUGUCUACUUGCCAGCAUUAAAAUGCGUGACCACAAUUCAUUUCUCGAUAUAUUGAAAAAAAUAAUUCUUUUAAAUUAACAUCUAUGCAUUCGGAUUCAAGAAUAGUUAAAAGUAGUUUCUCUUUUCUGUAGGAAUGGCCUUUUUAUAAACCAAUAGCGUAAUGAGAAAUGAACUAAAACAGAACUCUCCAUGCAGUUAUUCCAUUGUGAUGAUGUGACAGUCUGAAAGUUGUAUGUCUAUAGGAGUGAUCUGGUGCCCGCCCUCUGGAUGAGCUUUGAAUAGUUAAUUUACAUCAGCCACUUGAUGCUCACCAAAUUAUCUGGUGCUGUGAACUACACCUUUCUCCUGCAGGGAGUGCUGUCACGCCAGCACAACAGCUACUAUAUCAGCUGAUCCAACAGCACGGACACCUCACUUUACCCACCAUUUUGUACAAAACCCCCAUUUAUUGUCAAACUAUCAGUUCUGUAUAACCUUACAUGCUAAUAAUGUUCUUGUUUCCUUGAUUUUCCUACAGCUUAUUACAGCUCUACAGCAUAUAAAACCUUAACAGAAAAUGUUGGUUGUCUUGUGUUAUCCUGCCGCCACCAUGUACAAUGGAUGGUGUGAGUUCAUCACCUACAGUGGUGCCUUUUUUUUUUUU